GAGCUGCCAGCUUUCGGCAGUUGCGCUUCGUUGCGCUUCGUAGCAGGGUGGCCACGUAAGUCUGCCUGUCCUGCAAGCAAGACUGAGCUCAAGCUACAUAAUACAGACUCGUCAGGACGGCCAGGCUACGUGGCGCAGAAUUUCAGGGUAUAAAAGCAAGGCCACUAUGGCGUCCCCCUCAUUCCAAGCAACCGCAGUAGCCACCAAGCACCAUCCUCUCCACUCUAGCUUUGCACUACAUAAAAGCACCAGCUCGAUGUGCACCUUAGAAGACCGCGACAGGCUGCCUGAUCUGCCACCUCACACAAUAGCUCAGGGACUGCAGGCUGAGCUGGCCAGAUGGUGCCAGAGGGCAGCUCCAACAUGGCCCAGCAAUUGCGAGCAGGGGCAGAAUGCAGAGGGUGCUGGCUAUAGCUGCUGGCGUUUACUUAUAGGCUGCCAGCUGUCUUCUAAUCCAAGCUUCAGAGCAGUCAAUGUCAAGCAGUCAGCAGCUUGCAGCUUGGGAGCGCCUUCAUUACUGAGGCAUGAGACAGCUGGCAGCAAAGUACCACUGAAUGACGUCGCAGAUUGGAGCUGCUAGCAUGGCGUCCGACCUGCGUCUCCACUGGGAGAGUGACUCGUCAUCCUCUGAAGGAUCAGAAGAGUACAUUGAAGGUGUUGAGUAUGCAUCUCGGUCCGUCGAUGGUUCAGACUCUGGACGCUCCCUGGCGGACUUCCUCAGAGAUGGAGACUCUGCCAGCAGCGAAAGCCCGUCGUUCUACAGAGCGAUCGACAAUGAGAAGAGUCUCAGCCCGCUCCAUCUGCCAAGAGGUCUCGCCGGUGUUGUUCAUCUGCCUACUUCUCCAUUCGCUUGGUCCUUCGGAAGCGGCUUCAGAAAACGAAUGUGCUUUACGCCACCAGACAACCCCCAGGCGUCCCCGCGUUGCUGCAUCCCAGCUGCUUGUCAGCACCGUGCGGGCAAGAUGGUCACAGUUGGUGAGGACCUUCAUUCGCCUGUACGGAAGCGAGUGGGGCUUGGAAGGAAGCGCCGGCGGGUCAUCCUCUCGCAAGAGUCAGAAGAGGAGCAGCACACGCCCCCGCUCUCACUUUCCAAGGUGAGAACAGCUCACCGAGAGGUAGCGCGCAGGGUCCUGGAUGCAGCCAAGAGAAGGGCCGUGAAGAAGAGCAAGCCCAGGUACAACACCUGACUACUAGACCGGUUCUAGACUACUAAUCAGUAGUCGUCGAAAGUCAGAUCGGAGGCAGACUUUCAAGCUGUGAGCAGCUUAGUGCAAUUCACAAAAAGUAAGGAGCAAGGGACUCCUAAAUAGACGCCCAAGCCACACCACGAGAUUCACAAGCGGAGGGCUAUACGCGUAAGCAAAGGCUUGCCAGAACGUGUAGAGUAAGUUCCUCUUGCAGAUUCAACGUUCAUUCGUCCUUUGGUUUUCGUCG